AUGAGCUAAAUGUAGAGUCUUCAUGGAAUAGUACGUGCAAUGACAUUAGUCUAAAAGAGAUAUCUUCUCAAAAUUAAUUACAAGUUUCUUGCAGAGAAUUUUAGAAUUCAUAAUAGAGAUCUGCUUAAUACUCUGAUGUUGAUGAUGAAUAGUUUGAAGUCUCUAAAAAUAAACAUAACCAAUUAUAAAAUAUGA